ACUAUCCACAAUAUCCUGCCAAUGAAAUACCAAAUAUAACACCUUCCCUAACGAAUUAUUUAUUACCAUUUGACUCUCAGUCAAAUGGAAGUAAUUAUAAUACUUCAUCACUAAGAGAGCCAAGUGGACUUCAUGUAUUCAAUGCAGCAAGUUAUCCAAAUGGACCGAUAAUCCUACGACUAAUUCGUAGUGGUGUAAACAAUUGUUCUGAACCUUACUUGCAUCUAAGACUAAUAUACUUGAAUUCUCCCACUAUGGGUAUCAACAAUAGUAUAACUGACCCCGAAAUAACCGCGAUUCCUACUUUUAAUUUUUGCCCAAUUUCAACUAAUCCUCCACGUGAUCUGAUUCGUAUUUUUCCCUUGUCAUAUAAUCAUAUCAUGAUCGCGUUUUUACAAACUCAUACUGGGAGUAUAGAAACGCAUGAGGAAAUUGGAUUGUUUAUGGAUUGGAAUGGAAAUGUUUUUCAAAAUAUAAGUCUUGGAUUGAUCAAUUAUACCGAAAGUGAUACAUCAUCAUUGGGUACAUUAGUGGCCGAUUCUUCCCAGAGAUAUGGAUUUAUGUGGGUUAACCGUGUGUCCCAAAAACAAUUCAUAAGAUGGAAAAAAUAUUCUAUUACAGACCAACGUAACGUAACAUUUUCAAAUAAUUUGGGCCAAAUUCCUAUAAAUCCAUCUCAUCAAUACCAAAUAAUUGCGAUGAUCGAUGGUGGAUAUUGUUUUGUAAUGACAGGACCAUCGGAUAAUCUUACACCUGGCUUUAUCGAUGCUCAAUGGGUAGCUAAAGUAGUAUUCAUUCGUCCGACAUAUUAUAUGACACAACCCUCAAUAAUAUAUCAAUACAUGUCACAAGCAAUUUCGAUGAAUAUUGAAACAUGUGACAAUACAUAUUAUGAUCCUGGAUUAGCUUGUGUUUUUAGUAUUAAAUCGAGUAAUACUUCAAAUAUUUCUGCACGAUACGUUAAAGUAGCAUUCUUUUCGAGUGGAGGCAUAAAGAAUUCUUCGACAUUGAACAUUGCUGAUACUACUUUUAACUUAGAUAAGAUGUACCAAUUGUGGAGUGGUGGAUACCUUUUAGUUAUUCGUUUGAAAACUAACAACACUUUCAUUGGUUAUGUUUAUGAUCUCCAAGGAAAUUUCUUUAAAGCUUGGGAUUCACCUACAAUACCUGGGAAUCUUGUGAUACCGAAUGGUGUGCUUCUUAACAAUACUGUUUGGAUGAUUUCGGAUGUAAACUCUACAGUAUCGAAUGAAAGUAUUUGGAAUUUAACAACAACUGUCGCCUACAAAUUUGUUACUCUUGAUCAUAUUUCUAACAAUUUAAAUAUCAACAUAACGUUCCCAAAUAUAACUAACCCUUUUCCAAGCAACCAGGUGAUCAGUAUGACAUUUUACAAUCAAAUUGCAUUAUCAGUAGGAAAUAUUUCCAUAUACCAAGACAGUGGCACAGAUAUGCUGCUAAGAUUAUAUUAUAAUGCACAUAAUAAUAGUGACAAAGUUAAAAUUUUAUCAGAUAAUAAGACGGUUUCGAUAACAGUUUUGAAAAGUACAUUUGCUUCUCCAGGAAGUCGAUACUAUAUUGUUAUGGAUAAUAAUUUUGUUAAAGAUUUUCUAUCUGAUGAACCUUUGCCAGGUGCUAACUGGAGUUUUACAACAGAAAAUAAGUCAGCUGAAAACCUUGGAAAUGAGUCACGUAGCUUCGAUAGUCUUCCGAUAUCCAACAAAUCAGAUUAUCUCCGUAAUUUAAGUCUUGAACUCUCACAUUCAGUUCCAAUAGAUUCUUCAAGCAUAAAAGCUGAUAGUCAUUUUCAAUGGGAUAAAAAUGUUGAUGAUUAUUCACAGAUUUUAUUAAAAUUUCAAAUACUACCAGGAAAUGAUAAUAUGAAAAAUCUUAGCGUAUCUAAAGUUAUCGAAACAAUAAACGAUUUGAUAACAAACAGAGAUGUUACAAUGAUAUCUAAAUUAUCAAUAAGUAGUAAGUUGGAUAGUCAAUAUGGGUUUAAGCCUAAAAAGAACGUUUGGGAUAGUUAUGGAUAUUCUUUAAUUUUCAUUGGUGCCGUGCCUUUUCUUUUGGCCGUUCUUGCACUAUUUUCAUAUCAAGAACCAAGAAAUGAUACUUCAUUCUAUGAAUGGUUUAGAAAAUAUCACAACGUAGCAGCUUUAUCCGUACUUUGCUCCGGGAUAGAUAUUGACAUAUUGUCACUAAUAAAUUCAAAAUUAGCCAAUAGCCCAUUUUUUUAUGCACCAUUAUCUAAGUCAAGUAAAAAUUGGAUACUUCGUGCUGGCUGUAUUAAUUUAUUUAUUGAAGAUGGACCUCAGUUAAUCGUUCAGAUACUCUAUCAGAUAUAUUCUGUAAACUAUGAUAUAAUACCUUUCAUGAGUUUAUUGACUUCCUCGUUACUUUUCAGCUGUAUAAUUCUUGGUAGAAUAUACAGACUUUUAAGACACAAAGAAACACCUAAUCAAUCCACUACCGUCAGCACAUCAUAUUACGACCACGAAGACUCAUCAUCGAAGUAUAGCGGCGAAUACAUUGAGGAUAUACCAUCAUCACCCACUAUUGUUCCUGAGACAAGGAUAGAACCACCAGGUCAUGUGUGGAUGAGAUUUGGAAAUUACGGCAUCCCAAGAACUCAUUCUCAAAGAGUUAAUUAUCCGUUACCACCACUGGGCAGGCGUAAUAGAGUUAACGCUAUGUCUGUUGAAAAACCGCGAAUUACUUUGACUAACUUUGAUAAUAUGGAAAACAUAGAGAGUAUAAGUGAUUUUCCGGUAACCACAAUGCAUAUCAAUGAUGGAGAAAGAAAUGGUGGAGAGUUAGAAGAUGAUGAUGUCCUUGAUGAAAGAUAUAAACAUAAUAAUGUACAUUACGGACAAUUUGGUUAUAAUGCGGUGAACAGUAACGACGAGGAGUUUGAGCAAGAUGACAGGAGUUAUAAAUCUCAUGAUAAUGCACGUUAUGGACCAUUUAGUUAUAAAGUGGUGAACAGUAAUGACGAAGAGUUGGAGCAAGAUGACGAGUUAUCAUAA